AUGUUCUCAACGCUCUCUCUUUUCGUGGCCUCUCUGGCCGUGCAGGUCGCGGCCCUGCCCAGUGCCAAUCGCACGGGCGUCCGCUAUAUUGGCGCCAACAUUGCCGGAUUUGAUUUCGGCAUCACGAUGCAGGGCGUCCAGACUCUUUCCUCCAUACAACCUCCUCUUCUCAACGUCUCUGGCAUCGACGGUGCCGGUCAGAUGCACCACUUUGUCCGGAACGACGGCUUCAACAUCUUCCGCCUACCGGUCGGUUGGCAGUACCUCGUUAACAGCACUCCUGGUGGCGAGCUCGAUGCGGCUAAUUUUGCCGAGUACAACACCCUCGUGCAGUCGUGCCUCAACACCACGGCCCACUGCAUCGUCGACGUGCACAACUACGCACGCUGGGAAGGCCAAAUCAUUGGCCAGGGUGGCCCGUCCAACGAACAAUUUGCCAGCUUGUGGUCUCAACUUGCGACGAAAUAUGCCAACAACAGCCGUGUCCUGUUUGGCAUCAUGAACGAGCCGCACGAUCUGGAUGUUUCCGCCUGGGUCGACACUGUCCAGACCGUCGUCACCGCCAUCCGCAAGGUGGCCCCGAAACAGACUAUUCUUUUGCCGGGCAGCAAUUUCACAAGUGCUGGCGCCAUGGCUGGUGUUGCUGGCCCGCUUCUUCUUGACGUGAAGAACCCCGACAACUCAACCAGUGGCCUCGUUUUUGACGUGCACCAGUACCUGGACUACGACUACUCUGGAACACACACCACCUGCGUCACAAAUGCCAUCUCUUCGUUCCAACCACUGGCCACGUGGCUGCGGGCAAAUGGCCGUCAAGCAUUUACCACUGAGACUGGUGGCGGCAACACCCCAUCCUGCGUUCAAUACGUGUGCGAGCUGAUGAAGUUCCUGAACACAAAUAGCGAUGUCUUUUUAGGCACCGUGGCAUGGGCAGCAGGCUCGUUUGACCCGUCUACGUACGAAUUGAGCGUCGUGCCCACUCGGACGGGCUUGACUUGGACCGACAGCGACCUGGUGACGUCGUGCUUAAAGCGGUAG